AAUCACCAACCCAGCUUGAGUUGUGUCCCGUUUGAAUUUCACAAAGGAGAGAGAGAGAGAGAGAGUGUUUGCAUUCACUUCAUCAUAUCUACUCUCUGUCUGACAUUCAUUACUCGUCUCUCCCAUUAACCCUAAACUUUACUCUUCAAGUGAGAGCUUAUCUCCGUUUCUGGCCGUUGAAUCUUCAAAAAAAACCUAAAACCCAUCAGGUCAUUUCUUCACACGUUCUUGGAUCCUUUCGUACUAUUGUUGGUUUUGGGUGUUGUGAAAAGAUCAUCCUUUUGAGUUUUUUUUUGGUAAAUGCAGAAUCUUUGCGUUCAAGGUGUGAUGGAGGAAAGAAAUUCGAAAGAGAGAGGAAGAUGCGUCGUUGAUACCUCCUCAAGCACAACAAGAGAGGAGGAUCUGAUAAGCAAGUUACCAGACGCUUUGAUCUCUAAAGUUCUGUCGUAUCUUUCGACAAAAGAAGCUGUCGGGACUAGUGUUCUGUCCAGUAGGUGGAAAAGUCUCUGGCUUUUCUUCAUCUCUGAGAUAGAUUUGGACACUUGUCAGUUCCGCUGCCUUUGUGAGUUUUAUGGAAAAGUUUCUAGCUUCCUCCAGGGUAGAGAAGCCAUGCUUGCACAAGGUCAAGCUCAUUGUUGAGGAUCUUUUUUGUUUAUCCUCCUUUUAUCACGCGGUGGAUAGAUCUCGUGGCAACACCUGAACUCGAGCAUCUUGAUCUCAAGUGUGAAAAUGUGCUUUCUGGGUAUUCUGGAGUGAUGAUGCCACUGAGCAUCUAUACAUGUUGUCCAAAGCUUCUUCACUUAAGGCUCCAUAGGGUGUUUGUGGGUACAUUUGAGUCCGUCUCCUUACCUUGUCUCAAGACUAUGCGUUUGGAAAACAAUACAUACGCCAGUGAAGCCUCUCUAGAGUUGCUUAUCUCAUCUUGUCCGGUUCUUGAAGAUUUCAGCUUUGUUAGAAAGCUUGAUUGUGGUAUAAAGGCUUUACGAGUGCACUCUAAGACAUUAACUAGUCUCAGUAUAAGAACUGGUGCCAUGAUUGAUUACAACGCCUUUCCUCCUCUUCUUGUACUCUCGAAUGAUCAUGAUAGUAGCGUGAGGGUUUUGAUUAAUGCCCCUAGGCUCAAGUAUCUGAAUCUCUCUGAUCACAUAUCCGAGUGUAAAUAUCAUAAGCAAUCUAGGUUCCUUAACCAAGGUCAACCUUGAUAGUUGUGGUGACUAUCUCCCUGAUCAUUUCUUCACCAGUAUCUCGCAAGUUAGGGAUAUGAAGAUCAUUCACUCAACUUUCAGGUUCAUCCUCAAGAUCAAGCCAUUGCCCCAAUUUUGCAACCUGUCAUGUUUGGAAGCAAAGCUUUACUUUUGGGAUAUGGAUAUCCUUCUACAGUUUCUUGAAAUCUGUCCCAAUCUAACAUCCCUCAUCUUGGAUCUGUCUCAUCCAUCGAUGUCGCUGAGACAAACAAGAUUCACGCAUGUGGCUGAGUGUUUGCUGUCAUCGCUCGAGUUUGUAGAGAUAGCAAGCCCUUUGGGAGGACUCCCUGUUGAAAUAGAACCUGUAAGGUACUUUGCAGAAAACUCGGUAGUCCUCAAGAAACUUUCUCUGCGUUUGAAACCUUCCAUGGAUGAAGAAGAUUCUGUCGCUUUAAGGGAUCUCCUCCUUGCAUUGCCAACGCUAUCUAGCGCCUGUGAGAUUGUGGUUUGUUGACCACUGUAAUAGCUUUUAUGGUUUUUGUCUAUGAUCAAAUGUGGACUUGUUAUUUGAUCGACUUUUCACUCUUUGAGACUUUAAAAAAAAAAAAAACAUUUUACUAGACAAUUGAAGAGACGAGAGAGCUGAGCCUUGAUGACUU